CUCUUCCCAUCCGUUAACAGCAACGGCUAGGAUGAUGCGAUAUUGCUGGCAGCCAAAGAGUGCUAUGGUUGCAGAGAUUAGGUUGGACUGAAAUCCCUCAUAUUUUAUCAGAAGUCAAAUUCUAUGGCUACCCAUUCGCAGCGACAAAUGCAAGAGAUUUAGGCCGCGACUGCCUGUCGAUCUUGCGGUUAUUAAUGCUGCAUAAUACUACCUUUUACUAAUGCGUUAGCUAAAUAAAAACAUAGUUUAUUGUAAAUGGAACCAAUUAACUAGAUAGCUAGCUAUGUGGCUAUCAAAUGCUUGCUUCACUUAAUUGAGGAUGGAAGAUAUCUCCGAGUAUCUCACAAGUUGCACAGCGAACUCAAAGCAUUUGAAGGUAUUAUCUUCAGAGGAUAACCUGGAUAACCUUACACGAAAUGUCAUAGCGCGUAAGUAGCUAGCACUUAGCUAGCUUGGUAAUGGUUGGAAAAGAUGGAGAGGGACCUAAUGUUAUCAUCAGCAGCAGCCCUUCAUGAACAGCUGGAUAGGUAAAGAAACACUUUAUCCGCAGAUGAUAGCCUCCGAGAUGGUGUGAAUCACUUACAUAACAGCUAGUCACAAUCGUUCUGUUUCUAACUUGCCUGUCUGCCAAGCAAAUGGGAAAUUUGCCACAGAAAAUCCGAGUUGUCUCAACGUUAUAAGUGACAAAAACAUCACUGUUUUGAAUCUGCAAAUGAAAUAGUAUUACAGCGUCGGAUGUGUUAGGUUACAUUCUGACCCGGAGUAUCCAUUAGUGCAAUUCAGUGCACUGGAAACAAGCAGCUCAUCUGUGUGUUUAUGUGUGUUUGUGAUUGAAAUCACACACACUCUUAACACUCGUCAUUCGACGAUAUGAGGAAGUUCUUUGAUUCUCGCCGGGAGUUGGUCAGCUCUGGGCCUGGUUCUGGAGGUGGUGGUGGUGGAGGCACUGGAUCUGGCCAUGCAGGUGGAAAUUUCAUUGGACGAGCCUUUUCUAUCGGGCGGCACCAAGUCACUGUUGAAGAAAUAAUUGCCGAAGGGGGUUUUGCUGUAGUGUUCCUUGUGCGAACAAAUCAAGGAGUACGUUGUGCCCUGAAGAGGAUGUAUGUCAACAAUGAGCAUGACCUGCAGGUGUGCAAGCGAGAAAUUCAAAUAAUGAAAGACCUGGUUGGUCACAAGAAUAUUGUUGGGUUUCUGGACUCCAGUAUCACAGCUGUGGGAGGAAGGGAUGUAUGGGAGGUUCUCAUACUUAUGGACUACUGCAAGGGGGGGCAGGUGGUCAAUUUGAUGAAUCAAAGGCUGCAGACUGGUUUCACUGAAGCUGAGGUGCUUCAAAUCUUCUGUGAUACCUGUGAUGCUGUUUCUCGCCUGCACCAGCGCAAGACACCGAUCAUCCACAGAGACCUCAAGGUGGAGAACAUUCUUUUGCAUGACAAGGGUCAUUAUGUGCUGUGUGACUUUGGAAGCGCCACCAACAAGUUCCAGAGCCCACAAACUGAGGGAGUGGCCACAGUGGAGGAAGAAAUAAAAAAGUACACCACUUUAUCAUAUCGUGCCCCUGAGAUGGUGAACCUCUACAACAACAAGAUUAUCACUACUAAAGCAGAUAUCUGGGCACUGGGCUGUUUGCUGUACAAGUUGAGCUUCUUCACUCUGCCCUUUGGUGAAAGCCAGGUGGCCAUCUGUGAUGGCAGUUUCACCAUUCCAGACAAUUCCCGCUACUCCUAUGAUCUUCACUGCCUCAUUCGAUACAUGCUGGAGCCAGACCCAGACAAAAGACCAGAUAUCUUCCAGGUGUCCUACUUUGCUUUUAAACUGGCUCAGCGAACUUGCCCUGUUCAGAAUGUGAAGAAUUCUCCAAUUCCUUCUAAACUUCCUGAGCCAAUCAAAGCAAGUGAGGCUGCAGCAGCGAAAAAGACUCAGACUAAGCCUAGACUGACAGAUCCAAUUCCCACGACUGAAACUUCCAUUACCCCGCGACAAAGGCCGAAAGCAGCCCAUACUCAGCCUACCGCUGGCAUUUUGCCCAUCCAGCCUGCUGCCCUCACCCCUCGCAAGCGGGCUAAUAUCCCUGCUGGAGUAGCUCAGACCUCAGGCAUAAGCUUAGACCUCUCUCAGCCAGCUGCAGCUCUGCAGUCACAGAAGGCACAGACUUCAGCUACGCCACAGGCAGCAAUCAGCCAGCCACAAAACAGCUCCAGUCAGGCUGUGGUUCAACAGAAGCAGUCAGCACAGCCAAUAGCAGCUGCAGGAGGAGAGAACACAAUAGCAGGGGCAGGAGUAUCGCCAGUGACCAAGACUGAUGCCCAGCCACAAGCCCAGGCACAGCCCACAGUUCAGCAGCAGACCACAUCUCCUUCUUUGGCCAGUCCCAUCCCACAGCAAACAGCCCAGCCUCCAUCUAGCCCCGCACCACCCCAACGCCCAGCUCGACGUAAGCAAGCUGGCCAAGCUCAGCAGCCCACAGCUCAGCCCCCGCCCAGCAAACCAGCCCCUGGUCAGCCAUCUGCAUCUCAGAAGCAAGCUGCUCUUCAGCAGCAGAUAACCCAGCCAUCACCUGCCCAGGUUCAGUCCAGUUCCACUGAGAUCAGCCAAAAAGCAGCUGAGAUAGAAAAGACGAGUCAGACUCCACCUGCUUCUCCAAAGACUACUGAAGCUGGAAUGAGCCACAAGUGCAUCCCGAGUGACGGCACACAGACUACUGUUAGUGUAGGUCCAGUAAAUGAUUCCUCACAACAACCACAAGGAGCAACUGAAGAUGCUGCCUUCAACCAAUCAGCCAGUAUAACUCAGCCUGAUGUCAUCCAUGCUGUUCAACCCAGUGUUAGUGAUGCAGGCCAGGAUAGCAGCACAGUUUUGGCCCAGGUGCCUGCCUCUGGUUCUGCCACCAACACCCCAACACAGCCAGCAUGGAACCCUUUUGAUGACGAUAACUUCUCUAACUUUGCUGCAGAGAAACUGCUCAACAAGGACAAAAAUACAAAUGUCUUGCCUUCAGAAGCUGAGAAAAUGUCAACUGAGGACUUGAUACCUGGCUUUCAGGCCUCACCUGUGGAAAAUAAACUCCCAGAAACCGUUGAAAGACCAUCAGCCAUUCUCAAUGUGGAUUCAGGAGCCUCACUGUUGACUAUCCCAGAUCCGUUUUGUGCCCUUCAGCUCUCAGAUACACCAGAGAAACUGAUUGAAGGACUCAAAUCUCCAGACACAUCAUCACUGAUGCUCCCUGACCUGUUGUCAUUGGGUGAUCCCUUUGGCGGCUCUAUGGAAGAGUCUGCAAAAGAUCCUCUGACUGUAGAGGACUCUCUGCUAGACUGCUCUCUAAUCUCCGGACCAUCUGCCCCUGUGGCAGGGAGCAGUGCCACAUCCAUCUCCUCUGCUCCCACCUCUGCUGCCUCUGCUUUGGAUGAUUUCAGCCUGUUGUCUGGAGAGUCCACACAGCCUAAAGCAGACUCCUCUCUCCUGAUCUCUGACUUUGAGCCACUCCAAUCCACUGCAGAGGCAGGCACAGAGGAUGAGUUUGAUCCGAUCCCUGUCACGGGGCAAAAAAACUCUGCUUCUCAAGUUUCAGGAGGCCACUCGCGCAGUAACAGUGGCGGCUCUGAAUCCAGCCUUCCCAGCUUGGCCCAUUCCCUGCUGCUGGUGGACCAGCUCAUCGACUUGUAGACGGCCCUUAUAGAAGCUGUAACACUGGAUUAUAGGCUGGCAUAGCGUAACAGCAAUCAACACUGUUCUCAUAGCUAGCUCCUUGCACCCCUUGGCUGUCGUCAUCAUUCCACCUACCUAGAGUAGAAAUGACAUUCUUCUUUCAGUGCUUUUUCAUUCCUGCUCUUGUUGCAAUAUGCAAUUGAUUGCAUUGUGUUCUGGCUUCUCCAUCUCCCAUCUAUCUCACCCACUCAUUUUCUCUGCUCUCUAGUCUGUAUGGGUGCAUAAUGUAUUGUCCCAUGGUUUAACAAUGGCCAUUGCAUCAACAUCAUCUUUUGUUACAUUUAAUCACUACAUGACAUUUCUGUCAAUCAGGACAUAAUAUUGCUGUCCAACUUGUUUCCACAAUAUUAUGUCUAAUAGCAAACAAUAGAAUAACAUCAAUGUUGUAAUGUAUUCUAGGCAUAGUUAGAAGUGGUCGUGGUUAUUAUUGUGCUCAAAUUUGUUGUUUGCCUUUUGCAGUUUGUUUCUCUCUAGAGUUAUUUGCACAUUUUAAGGUAAAACCAUGGAAAAUGAAAUGACCAUUUGUCUCCAGCUACAGCAAAUUAGGUCAGUUUAUUUCUUCUGUAGAGGGGAAACUUGCUUGAAAAAUGUAAACGUUUUUCGGAUAGCCUCAUUUGCACAGUGGCAUAAAUGUUCAGGGAUGUUUUUUGUGUCUGAAAUUAUAUUGCUAUUGGCUGACUAAUGGUGGACGGAAAAUCCUGACCAAUUUAAAGCUGUUAUAGAUUAGAUUGCAGUUGGCAGCAGUUAGUGUGAUAGACAUAAGGAGUGGGAGACUAUCCUCCCCGAAAGUGUCCCUGUUUGGUUGGAAGGGUGAAGUGCCAUAAAAUAAUAUGAGAUGAUUUCAGAUGCAUGGAGUUCUUGCAGUGUUUCUGCUGAAUUCUCUCAUAACAUCACAUGAAUUAAUAUCUAGCAUUCUUACCUAUAGUACCUUUUAGGACCUCUCUUUUUGCUGCUGCAACUAUGAGUUUAUAUUAUAUUUACUUAGGUCACCAUAUACCAAUUUUAUUAAGCAAGCAAUAGCUUGUUCUGGCAUUAAAUGACAGACUGAGGUCAUUUAGCGGUGUGAUUAUUAAUGCGCCAUAUCAGUGAGAAAUGCAUGUGACAUCAUAAAAAUGCUAUUAAUAACCAACAGUCUAAUGGAAAGAUGUUAGAUUAUACACAUACACAGUUUACAUUGUGCGUGUGUGUGUGUGUGUGUGUGUGUGUGUGUGUGUGUGUAUACACAGAUAUAUAUAUAUACACAUACAUAUAUAC